CAUAGCUGCGCUCCAGAAGGAGAAAUUAUGAUCCCUAUGGGCAGAUAUCGCAGUCCUUGAUGAGAAGGGGCCAUGAACGGGACGCAUUGCAGUGCAGGGUCAAAAUAAAAGAGCUGAGGAGUGCUUACUGCAAAGCCCGUGAGGGAAAUCGCCGCUCAGGAGCUGCCCCCACGACCUGCCGUUUUUACAAGGAGCUGGAUGCCAUACUUGGGUGUGACCCCACUGCCAAUCCGAGGACCACGAUGGAGAGUUCACAGCAGGGAGAAGUGGGGGAGGGUGUAGAGGAAGGCGACAGUGAGGCUACUGGCGUGGAGGGAGACACCUCGGAGUCCCAGGACACAUGCAGCCAGGAGCUCUUCUCAAGCCAGGAGGAGGCUAGCCAGUCGCAGCAGCUGGAAGUUGAUGGUGAGGAAGAAACUGAGGAUCGUGCUCGGGUGACCUUGACUAAUGCAGCCGGAUCACCGGCCUCACGUAGAUUGCAGAACUUGAGAAGAAAUCCCAGAAAAUCAAAAGAGGAAUUGAUCAAAUCAGUUAUGAAUCACUACAGCAGAGAAAGUAGGAAGACACAGGAAUGGAGAGAGAAGAUGUAUGAAUGGAGACAGAAAAUGCAUGAAUGGAGGCAAACAGAAAGCAGGAGAAAGGAAUUGGCUGCCAAAAAAACCUCAAAGCAGAUGAUAAGCCUCCUGGCUCGCCAAACUGAGUCUUUCGAGUCUCUCGUAGCCAUGCAGGCAGAUAUGUACCGUGGUAACCCACAGCCCUCCCAAAGCUCUCUUUCUUGUUCCCCAGUAUUUCCACAAAACAACUUUCUCCAGUAGCCAGUUUCUUAUUACCCCCAGCUGCCCCCAACACCUGUACGAUCACCUA